AAUCGAAAGUGUCCCUGAAUUGCAUUGUGGAAAUGGAAACUUCAGUGAAGUACAUGUGCGUUCUCGCGUUUCUUGUGUGUAUGACCAUUUCAGGGCUCAAUGGAGUCGAGGGAACUGCUGGUUAUUAUGGUCCGUGUGGGAAACACGACAUCGAGAAGGAGGCUGAGAAGUUGGAAGCAUGUACGUACGCAGCACAGCAUCGGAGAGUCCCGGUUUCCGAGCGUUGUUGCACUGUGAUGGAGAAAAAGGUGAAGAAUCCAGCAUGCCUUUGUGCUGUUCUGUUUUCUCAAACAGCGUACAAUGCGGGAGUGAGGCCGGAAAUUGCAGUGACCAUUCCGAAACGCUGCAACAUUGUUGAUCGCCCUGUUGGUUACCAGUGUGGAGGUUUCACUCCUUAACUCUGAAAUUCCCCAUUGUGUGCAUCAGCAGUAUAAGCAUGC